CAAUGAAAGGGUCGGUGCACUAUCCGAGCAGUAGAGCUGUCAGUCAGAUACCGUGAGAUGGAAGAGAACGCGUCGCGGGAUGGAAGAAGAGGACGUCAAGAUCUCGGUUGACGAGGUACACACACACAUGCGUUAUCGCACUCGGACACUCCACUCGAACGGCCACAGCCACAGAUCUUCAAAGAUCCAUGUGUUCGCUCCUGCAGCUGGGCUCCCUCCUCUCCGCCCGACGGCCAAUGCACGCAGAUCCAUCGCCCGAUACCUCCCCUUCCACCCACCCGAAGCGGCCCAGAUGCCUGCUAGCAGAAGAGGAUGAUAACGGUGCCGCAAACACAGAGAAAGACGGCGCUUCGCUGAGUGAUCAGGAGAGUGGCGAGGUAGAGGCAGAGGGUGUGGUCCCUGGCCACCUGGCGGCAGUGAGGGAGCGCCUGAGGGAGAUAGGGGACUCAUGCAGCCAGGUAACUGAUGGAUGGAUGGAUGGCAUUUAUCCAUAGAUGUGCAUUUGCAUGUGUGUCUGUGUGUGCAGGACUUGCGGCGUCUUCAGACCUUGAUGCAGAAGCGACCCGUCAGUAGUAGCAGCAGCUGCAGGGUCUGCAAACAGGCGGAAGGACAAUCCAUUGUCGCGUGCACAAACAGGUGCCUGUCCUUGUCUUUCACGCAGGAAUCGCAUAUCGCGUACGUGGCUUCUUCCCAACAAGGGUGAGCAAUACGAAUAUAUGGCAUUCACUCGGCACGUACACAACCAUCUGCUGGUCCUCUUCACGUGUCAGCAGCAUCGCUCUCGAUGUGACUGCUGAGGAUCGGACUUCACCGAAAGACCCAAGAGAAGACCACUCGUCGCUGCACGAUCGGAUGGGUGAGACCAACACCCCUCCCCCUCCCACACACACAAUCCAAAACGAACACACCUAAGCUCAUCUCAACAUGUAUCUUGGUCCAUGCAGGCCGCAUCGAGCAGUGCGCAGUGCGCGCCCUGCUGUCAUGUGACAACCCCAGUAGCAGCAGCAUGGAGAGCAGCGACCCGAUAGCCAAUCGGAAGAUCGUGGCGCUGCAGGCCGCCCUGGCCGAGCAGCGACGGCAGAUGGGCGAGGUCGUGGCCCAACACGACGCAUGGAAGCAUAGGUGUGGGGGGAGAGAUGGUGGGAGAGAGAGGGAAUGCACAAAGGCGAUAUGGUGGGUGGCUGUUGGAUCGUGUUAGGUGUGCGGAGUUGAGGGAAGAGCUGGCAAGGGCGGAGAAUGAGCUCAUCCAGUGAGCUAGCUGACUAUGGACACACACCAUGUCUGCAUAUCGACGUGUGUGUGUAUGUGUAUUUGUGUGUAUGUGUGUGUGCAGCGUUCGUUCCGUGUGCGCGUCUCAAGUGGGUCGGCUGGAGUACAUGCUGGCGGCCGCCAACGCCAAGAUCGAGGGCGGCCUCAUGACGGCCGAAGACAUACACACCAAAGCGUAUGUGGCAACACAAACACACACACACAGACACACACACACACACAGAGAGAGAGAGAGAUCCGCACCUUCCUCCAUUUGUAUGUCUGUCUUUGUGCAUCUGUGCAGGGCGGAGGCCAUCACGCAUUUCCAAUCGCAGGUGGACAGAUACCACCCACCCAGCCGACACACACACACUCACCACUGCGCUGUCACUGCUGUCUCGUCAGUUGCUGUAUUGGCAGGAGCGUUACGGCACUGCUGUCAAUGCCUCCCCGCCCCUCUCCGUCGUCGCACUCGACCGGCAAAUGGCCAAAAUGGAGGAGAGAAUCCGACACCAACAACACGCCAUCAACCACCUGCACGUGAGCAGGAGACACACUCGUCUGUGUGUGUGGAUGGAUGGAUGGAUGCAGAGGGACUCGGCGCUUUGUGCGGAGGCGGUUGCCCGUUUCUGCAGCAGCGACGUCGAGCCCCAGCAGCAGCAACCCUCAUCCGACGGCAACGCACCACCGCCUGGCAGAUGGGUCCACUCUCUCUACGCCGAGGUAAGCCGACACAUAUCUCCCGAUCGUAUCAUUUUUCCGGUGUCUGUAUGUCAGCUGAGCCCUCACGGCCGGCAGCUUCUCCGCACGGCCCUGCAGCCCCCCCAACAACAGCAACAGCACCAAAAGAAACAACCUAUCGACUCGACAGCCAAGUCCCGCUACUUCCCCCCCUGGGCCCUUCUCUUCGGCACGCCCGAGGCCACACAGCAGCAGCAGCAGCAGCAGCAGCAACAAGGCAACAGCACAUCAGACGAGGAAUGGCCCCCUCUGCGGACCAGCGGUCGUCUGCGGCCGUUCCGUGUCAAGAGGAGGAAAGACAAGGGAAGGGCCGCUCGGCUGGCGGCGACGCGCAGAAGGGCCAGGAGGGGAGGGCGCGGGGGAGGGGGAGCCGGCAAACCAUCAGCACCACGACCACCAGCAGCAGCAGGUGCUGUCCCACACUCCACGGCACUCCAUGCCAUCCCUGACCCUUUUCGCGUCACGUGGCCGGACGGUGCGCAGAGACACGAAGGUGCCGACACCAGCGGUAGCAGACGAGAAGACGGCGGGGCGAGCAGUGAGGCCAGGGAUGGUGUGCAGAGAGGGUCGUCGGAGAAGGGCAGCCUAGCGGAGUGCGUGACGACCCUGUCGAUAGAGGAGGCAGCUGGCGAUAGGGAGAGUUGGAGUGGGAGUCUGGCAAUGGUGGGGGAUGAGGGCAUAGAGCGGGAGAGGACGGCAGUGACAUCGCUUGUCAAGGUGGUGGCCAACACGACACACGCUGCGGCAGAGAGAGGGAGCGGAUGGAAGGUUCUCUGCUCUCUGUCUGUGUGCGUUGUGUGCGUGUGUGUCAGAGUGAGGCGCGGCUCGUGGCCGAGUGGGUGAUGGGCGACAUUGGCGGCGACACGCACCCCAACCCUCCCCCUCAUGCGACCCUACUCAAAGAGAUCUUCAAAGCCGCUGCAAAUGGUACGCCCAUACAUCAGACAUUCCACCACUCACCGAACACACUUUUUCUGUCCGUUAGCCGAUUUGGCGUCGCUAGAUGUGCUCCUGCGCGUGUGCCCCUCUCCCUCUGCCCUCCCCAACGCCCCAUGCCAGUGGUGCCCCCUGCACGCAGCGGCCUUCUUCUCCCCAACAGCAGCAGCAGCAGCAGCAGGUGGUGGUGAUCGUCUGGGUGUGGUGGAGCGGCUGCUGGCCAAGAGCUGGCCGGUCGACCACAGCUCGGCAGGGGGAAUGACGGCACUGCACAUGGCAGCACUCACUGGUGGGAGAGAGAGAGAGACAGAGAGAGAGAGAGAGAGAGAGAUGCCCACCAUGUGUUGGUUCGUGCGUCAGGGAGAGAUGAGUGUGUGGGGUCCCUCAUGGGCGCUGGGGCGGAUGUGACGGCCGUCGACAGUCGGGGCAACACCGCUCUCCAUCUCGCGUGCACACAGGUGGGCAUAUGUCAUCGGUGGGGAGAAGGUCCAUUCCAUCCAUCCAUCCGUCCGUCCGUCCAUCUGUUUUCUCGUCUCAAUUCGUUGUAGGGGUGCAUCCGGUCUCUGCUCGAGCAUGGUGCGGCUGCCGACGCAGCCAACAACACCGGACACACGCCGUCCCUUGUAGCAUUCUUCAGCCCCACAGCAGCAGCAGAGGCACACACACCGCCAAAUUCUCGAGAGGCCGCGGCCGAUGGCUCCUCGGUACGCAUACACACACGCACACGCAGAAGGCUUGUGAGACUCUCUCUCUGUCUCUCUCUGUCUCUCUCUGUCUCGUGUGUGUGUGUGUGUGUGUGUGCAGACGGUGGAGGGUGUAGCGUACCGAGUUGUCGGCACGAGCCAAUGGCAGACCUUCCACAGCACACAGCAGAAGGCGAGAUAACCAGAAAGAGACAAAGAGAGAGAGGGAGAAAGAGAGAGGCACGAACACCCACCCGACUCAACCUCUCUGUAUCCAUCAGGGCAUAUCUAUAGCAACUGUGGUUCGCGAGAGCGUCAUGCGCGUGAUGGCCGACCUGGGCACUCACGCCGCCGACAGCAGCGACUACGCCCACUUCGCACAGUGGCCAAAGGGCAGAUACCUUCUCGAGCUCACCAAGCACGAGACACGAUACGGUCAGCACAUCACACCCACAAAAGUCUCUCCAUCUGUGUGCGCAUUGGGUGGUGUGUGUGGGUGUGUGGAUGGAUGUGUGUGUGUGUGUGUGCAGGGAUAUGGUCGGACUACGUGUGCAACUUCACGGCGUCGAGCCUGGCUGACGCCGUGUCGGUGGGGCUCAUGUCGGCGCACAUGCCGGGACACACCAUAGAGGAGCUGCAGAAACAGGUGGGUGUAUGCAUACAUACGCUCGCUCCCAGAUGCACCUCUCUCUCGCUCUGUGUCUGUGUGUCAGGUGUUGGUCGUGACGUCGCAUCGUAUGGCGUUCAUCCACGUGGGCACCGCCUCGCUCGCGCGGCUCGUGGCCAUCCAAGACAUACAGGCGCGCACACACCACGCCACACUUGCCGACAUUGCUGCAUUCCUGUCUGUAUGUGUCUGUGUCCGUGCAGGCCCUAGUUGUGCCGUCGUGGUCGAGCGUGCUGCUGCUGAUACGGCCGAAGAGCGGGCCAGACAUCCUCAUAGACACGCCAAAGCGGACACGUACGCAUGUCUCUGUGUGUGUGUCGGCCUUUCAUCUCGCCGUUGGUAUAUCAGAGUUGGUGUACCUUCUUCGCCAGAACGGCACCAAUCUCACCCGCAGAGGCACUCCGUGCGAUGCGGUCGAGGUGCCCCCCGCCCCCACCCCUCCCCCGCCCCCCUUCCCCACUGCACACCGCCCACACCCAUGUCAGCAACAGGCAGCCGAGCCCACACCCACACACACACCGGCCCUUGCUCCCACCAACACCGCCUUCGAUCCCUCUGUGGCUACACCACUGCAGCAGGUGGGCUGGGAGGGUGGGUGAACAAAUGGGUGGGUGGAUGGAUGGAUGCCUGUCUGUCUGUGUGUGUCGAAUGUGUGUAGCCACAGAGAUCGGGUGAUGAUCUGGGCGAGCAAGAAGGCCAUGAAGGGACCAUCGGCUCCCUCAUCUUCGGGCCCAUCCUCCGCGCAGCAGCAUCAGCAUCAGCAGCACCGCAGUACUCAGCCACACCCACAGCUACGAGGGAAGCGCAGCCGGGCACUCUGUCGUCUGUAUCUUUCAUGCGCGACAUCAAGGGCAUCGUGGCCAACGUCAUGGGCGGCGUGAGGUGGGCGGCUGCUGCUGCUGCUGGUGAGCAGGGAGAGGAGGGCGACUGGCACGGUGACUGUGGUGACGAGUGCAUCGACGAGGAGGAAGGAGGGCUCACGACAAUCGUCCAGCAAGACGGUACGGUCGGCUGUGCACCAGCCAAGAGAGAACAAAACACGGAAGGAGACCAAAGGCCUCUCUGUGGGUUUGCCUUGUGCAGGUUUCUCUCAUCCGGCAUUGUUUCUCACGUCGGAGGCCAUCCUGCCGUUGCGUGACGGCCCCACAACAGCCACACAGCAGCGGGCCGUGGAUGUGGUGUGUGUGCGGCCUGAGGUCUUCCUGCUGGUCGCGGCGUCGCCCAUGUCCAUCAUCCACCGAGGGCCGUCGUCAUCCACACCGCCGCCGCUCUACUUCUCCUUUCUGGCCUUCUGGACGGCCCCGCUGGUCAGCCGACAGUCAGCUCCAGAAGAGGUUCCGCGCACACGAGCUGUGUGUUUCGUGUGUGUGUGUGUGUCUGUCGAUCGGUCCUGCAGGGCGAGGGCCUUUCUCCCUGGUGUGAUGGCUACGAGGACGGCUUGGCGGUCGCGGGCAGCGAUCCUUAUCGGCCGCUGUGGGAGCUCAACUUCGCCGUGCUCAAGAAGCACAUGGAAGGUGCAGACAGACAGACAGACAGAGGCACAUGAUGAUAGGGAGAGGGGGUGUGUAUGUCUCUGCGUGUGUUGCGAUUUUGUAGGUAGCGGCGUGUUGGAGUGGUCGCGGCGUCCCGGCGAGACGGCCGACAAGAUGAUAGGGCGGCUCAGCUGCCGCCACAUACGGGAGGUAGGCAGGCACACAAUCAGACAGCUGUAUUGAUUGCCUGCGUGUGUGUGUGUGUGUGUGACAGUUGACGGUGCUGGACAGCCCCGAUGGCCAUCCGUGCCUCCUCAUCGACCUCGUCACCGACACACCUGGUCAGUGAGUGAGCUCUCUCUUCAUCUCCACGUGUGGAUCCAUCAAUGCCAUUCACUAAUGGCAGAUGGGCCUUUGGCGCGUGUGCGCUAUCUGGUGCGCGCCGAGACCGACGCCAACCGCAGACAGUGGGUGUCAGCCCUGCAGGCCGUGUGCUGCUCGAUGGCCAGCAGCCGGCCAGUGGUAGUGCGAAAUGCGGUUGGUGUGACUGACAGCAGGUCUCUUCUCGUGCAGUAGAGGGAGGGCAGAGAGGAGACUGGCGUGGAUGGAUGGAUGGACAUGUAUGUGGACGGGCUUGUGUGUGUGUGUGGUCAAUAUCUCCG